AUGAUGUUUAAAUUCGUAGCUAUAUUCGCUAUUGGACUACUCAUAGUCUUGCAUAUUAAUAGUCCAAAAAUUAAUUCUACUGUUCAUGUACUUUUGUCAAAUGAACAAUCAGUUAAACAAGAUACAAGACAACAAAUAGGAUUUGCAAAUGCACCAUUGAUAUCGUCUUCAAAAAUUUUGACUGACGAAGAUGUUUUACCAAAGUCGAUUCCUGAACAGACAAUGAAAGCGUCAAAUGUACAAGAGAUGACAUCUACAAUUAUCAUCACAGAACGUGCUUUCGGUCCACUAUUUCGAUGUGAUUUUGAUUCUGCAUGUUUUGCAGAUGAUCAACUCAGACGAACUAAUGGCAGUGAAUUCGAUCCUCUUCCGCCUCCUAAUGGCUUAGAACCUCCUAGAGCACCAACUUCUGACGUUACAUCUAUUACUGCUCUAACAAGUAACAAUGAAACAUGCAGACUACCUUAUCAACUAUCACUGGAUAAUAACAUGAAUCCUACCUAUCCGUAUAUGCGAUUUUGUUAUAAUAAUACAUGUGAAACAGACAAUGGAGACAUAGCGACAUGUGCAUCAGGUUUGUAUGGUCUUGUAUCACUUAAUUUAUCAGACUCACCGACGAUAAUCAGUCACUCAUUCAAUUAUAAUUCAACUCCAGGAGAUUCAGUUGGAGAACAAUGUCUUCGAUUUUAUUAUUAUUUUACUAUUUAUAAUGGACAAGAUUGGAAACAACAGAUUGACGUGUUGAUAAGACCCGAUAAUGACGCUGGCAGGGGAUUUUUAAUUGGAAAUCUUACAAUACUUGAUAUGGAAGAAAAUGGAUGGCAACUUCAAUAUAUAACAUUUAAUUCAACAUUUUCUAAUUACACAGCAAGAUCCUUUUCUUUUAUUGUUGGUAUAGAAAAUCGUACAGUAAAUUCUACAUUGAAUCGAACGAUUCAUUUUGCAUUAGAUAAUAUAGAAUUAUAUGAUUUUAAUUGUGCAUAUGUGAUUGAUCAAUUAAAUCCAACAACACCACCUACUGUAGUAACUUCUCCGUCAGGACUAAUUAUUGGUCUCACAUUGGGUCUUGGGAUUCCCGUUUUAAUUUGCAUCAUUAUUGUUGGUUAUAAUUUGAAAAAAGAAAGAGAUGCUGAACGUUUACAACGCUUUGACAUUCCGAUGCUUUGA